GUCCUCGAGCUUCUCAUCAUACUACCACCACUACCACUCUUGCUAGUCUCCCCAUCAACCAUCGCCUACUCAUCUUCUGACUGGCUGGACUAAGAGGCAUGGCUCCCUCCAUCCGCCUGUCUCGCUCUCGAGGCUCCACCUCCAAUCUCGCCUCUCCUGCCAACUCCUCCCCCGCACCCGCUCCAGGCGAUCUCUCCCGCCGAUCCUCCGGCCGAGCAGCGGCUGCCCGCAUCUAUCAGACCACACAACAACUAGCUCGCUAUGCGGAUGAGGAGGAGGACGAGGAUGAUGACGAAGAUGAUGAUGAGGAUGCGGAAGGGGAGGAAGACGAUGAAGGCGUAGGCCCGGCGGCUACCCCUUCACGAAUUGCCGGCGGGUCUCGCCGUGCGUCUAGUGGCAGAGCUGCAGCUGCUCGAGGUCGCGGGCAAUCAAGCGGUACUACUGUCCGUCUGAGGGGCAGGCCUCCAGGUCGGGCUGCUGCUUCCCAAUCCCGCUUGCCCUUUCCUCAGGCAGAAGAAGAGGACGAAGAUGAAGAUGAGGAUGAGGAUGAGGAGGACGAGGAGGAUGAGCCGAUGCCUGAAGCAACGCCUUCUGCUUCGAGAAGCCGGGGAAGACCCAAAGGGAGGGUUUCAGCAGCUAGAGGUACUCCGCGGGGACGAGGCAGAGGAGCGCGAGGUAGACCCAGUCUCUCCAGUGCUCGAAAGGUCAGCGAUGACGAGGAGGACGGGGAUGAUUCAAGGAGCCAUGCUGGUGAAGAAGAGGAGGAACGACCCGCCUUCAAGAAGCGGCCAUCACGUCUUCAGGGCUUCAGCCUUGUACUCGACAAUUCCCAAACCCUUCUCGCAAGAAUCCCCAAUCCGGAUCCAACCGCCGAUGAUAAAGGCCGGCGCGGCAGAGGUGGUCCGAGGGGCCGAGGUCGACCACGCAAGAAUCGCUCGCAGACUACGAGGAUCAUAGAGGACUCUGAAGACGAGGACUCGGAUGAUGAUCGCCCUAGACCAAAAGACCCAAAUGAGGUCGAAGUGGAUGACGAUCAUGCUGUGCCGCCUGACGAGAAAUUCAAGGUGAAGCUCAUGGGCAAAGAGUACAUUCUGGAUUGCGAUGAGCUUGAGUUGCCGGGAGAUGAGGAAGGAGAUAAGAAGAUUGACGCGAAUGGAAAUUUGCUUGGUGGUCGCGUGUGGAAGGCUGCGCCCUUUACCUCUUCUAUGCGAUCCAACCCUCACAAGGUGUAUCUACUCUCGGUCGAUGCAGCUCGAACAGUCGGCUUCCGCGACUCACUUAGUCUCUUCCGAAGCCAUCUGCGCCUGGUCAAGCUUGCAUUACUACCUCAGGAGAAGGACGAUCUCAUUGCGGCUGGAAGACUCAAUGCCCAGCUGAGGGGCCGCAACGUCACCAUUGUCACUGCCAAGAGCGUCUUUAAGCAAUUCGGUGCCAAAGCCAUCAAAGGCGGACGCGCAGUCAUUGAUGACUACUAUGAGGCCGACGCGAAAGCCGCCUUGGAGAAGUCUGGUCGACACGAAGACCAAGGUCAGGUCGUAGAGGCAGAGGACUAUCGUUCUCACGCUGAAAGACGUCGAGAUGCCGAUCGGGAGCGCGACCGUACCCGUCGACCUCCCGAUGCGCACACUACGGCUCUGUACGACUUCCACGGUAACCUCAUCACCACGACCUUUGGCGACAAUGGCGCUCCUCCCUUUGUGCGCAGCUCUGGCUGGCCCUCUAGACGUGCAGCUCAGAUCCGUGCAGAUCUCAGCGAGGAGAAUUGGAUGCUAGAAAUGGCUCGCAAUGUUCAAGGGAUGAAUGCCGAGCUGGCUGAGAAUCGCAAGGAGAGAUUGAUGAAGUUCACCGAUCCUGUCGAAGGAGUGAGCGCAGCCUAUGCCGAGGAACAACAACGUCUGCAGGAGAAGCGCAAGGCCAAGAUGCAGCAGCAGUAUGGUCAAAUUCAGCAGCUUGCCCCCUCGAGAUUGCAGCUCCUACCGGGAGAGUUGAUGGAUGUGGACGGAGUAGGAUCAGCUUCAGCUGCUGGCGGAGAGGACGGCUCGGCAACGAUUGCUCCAGUCCAUCCCGUCGACCUUUCCGGCCAAGCUUCGCCCACGGUGGGUGAUGCCGAGUCAGCAGUAACGCCUCUUGCACCAGCGACGACAGACGAAGUCGGGGACGAUGAUGACGACCAUGAGGCAGACAGAUACAAGGAUCUAACCAACGUCCUCGCUCCCCCGGUGGGUCUGUACGACCCCACUACCAAUCUCCCACACUUCUCCUCGAGCACGCAACCACGUGCUGCUCGCAUCGAGAAGAUUGGCAAACGACCCCUCUUCCAGUCGCUUACUGGUCGAGAGGAAGAGGCAGAGAAGGAGGAAGAGGUAGCGAUGCAGAAGAGACAGAGGGAGAGAGCAGUGCUCCUUGGGACGCGCAUUGGGAGUGGAGCGAUGGGCGUUGCUAGCUGGUCGACGGCGGUGGAUGUUGGCGUGCUGAAUGGGGCUGGAAAGGCUAGUCUGAUACCAGCAGGAGGUGGCGGUGGGGAGAUCUAGGCUGAUCAUGAAGGGUCGGUUCGAAAGUAGAGUAUACCUGUCACGCACUGGAAGGGCGCUGUAUCACAAGAAUCAAUCUCCAACUGUCACUUCGCUUGUGUGGUGAGAAGAACGACAUCUAUGACAAUCGCUCUAGGUGCAGAGAGUGCGCUCGCUGCCUCUCCUCGAGCACAGAAAGCUCUACAAUGACCAUCUACAUGAAGUCCAAGUCAUCUCCAUCAUCCAGCACCUCAUCUCCAUAAGCUCCCAAGUCAUACGUGUUCUUUGCACUGGCAGUGCCCACCGUCUUUGGCUUGGCAGCUCCAGCCGCUCCGCCCGU